GUGCGGGCGCCGGGGCCGGGAUGGCGGCGCCGGGCUGGGGCCCCCCGCGGCUGGACGGCUUCAUCUUCACCGAGCGCCUGGGCAGUGGCACCUACGCCACAGUGUACAAGGCCUACGCCAAGAAGGACACUCGAGAAGUGGUAGCCAUUAAGUGCGUGGCCAAGAAGAGUCUGAAUAAGGCAUCGGUGGAAAACCUCCUAACGGAGAUCGAGAUCCUCAAGGGCAUCCAGCACCCCCACAUCGUGAAACUGAAAGAUUUCCAGUGGGACAGCGACAACAUCUACCUCAUUAUGGAAUUUUGUGCCGGUGGCGACCUGUCCCGCUUCAUCCACACUCGCAGGAUCCUGCCUGAGAAGGUGGCUCGCGUAUUCAUGCAGCAGUUGGCUAGUGCCCUGCAGUUUCUGCACGAACGGAACAUCUCUCACCUGGACUUGAAGCCACAGAACAUUCUGCUCAGCUCUUUAGAGAAGCCAAUCCUUAAACUGGCAGACUUUGGCUUUGCGCAGCACAUGUGCCCGUGGGCUGAGAAGCACGUGCUGCGAGGCUCCCCGCUCUACAUGGCCCCAGAGAUGGUGUGCCAGCGGCAGUACGAUGCCCGUGUGGACCUCUGGUCUGUGGGAGUCAUCCUGUAUGGUGAGUACACAGUCUCUCCUGGACUGGAAUUCCCCAUACACCCAUGCACUCACCCCUGCUCCCCCAUAUGGGCUGGACAGGCCUUGACCCCGGCACCUCCCAGCUGCCCUCUGCUCCCUUCCACAGAAGCCCUCUUUGGGCAGCCCCCCUUUGCCUCCAGGUCAUUCUUGGAACUAGAAGAAAAGAUCCGGAGCAAUCGGAUAAUUGAGCUCCCCCUGCGCCCCCUGCUUUCCCGAGACUGUCGGGACCUGCUGCGGAGGCUCCUAGAGCGGGACCCUGAUCGCCGCAUCUCCUUCAAGGACUUCUUCUCCCACCCUUGGGUAGACCUACGGCACAUGCCCAGCGCCGAAAGCCUGGCCCAAGCAACCACCCUGGUGGUGCAGGCCGUGCAAAAGGACCAGGAGGGCGACUGGGCAGCCGCUCUGUCUCUGUACUGCCAGGCUCUAGACUUCUUCGUGCCUGCUCUGCACUAUGAAGUAGACAUCCAGCGAAAAGAGGCCAUCAAGGCAAAGGUGAGCCAAUAUGUCUCUCGGGCCGAAGAGCUCAAGGCCCUCGUCUCCUCAUCCAACCAAACCCUGCUGAAGCAGGGUGCGUCUGCACGGGACUUGCUCCGAGAGAUGGCCCGGGACAAACCACGUAUGCUUGCUGCCUUAGAUGUGGCUGCAGCUGCCAUGGCCAAAGAGGAGGACGCUGGUGGAGAGCAGGAUUCCCUGGACCUGUACCAGCAUAGCUUGGAGGAGCUGCUGCUGCUGCUUGCUGCGGAGCCCCCAGGACGCAGGCGGGAGCUGCUUCAUACUGAGGUUCAGAACCUCAUGACUCGGGCUGAAUACCUGAAGGAGCACAUCAAGAUGAGAGAGUCCCGCCAGGCGGCUGAGGCCCUGGACAAGGAGCCGCUGAUGGAGUCUGUACGGAGCUCUUGUACUCUGCAGUGAAGUCGGGAUUGAACAGACCACAAGCCAUCUGGAGUUGGGGGACACUCAACCAGAGAGACUCAGGCUGCCUGGGGUAUCUUAUCACCACCAUCACCACCCCAUCCCCAGCUUCCCCAGGAAACUUUCAACGCCCCUUUGCUGUGAUUCUGGACCAGAUUGGAGAAAAGGGGGUCUUCCGAGGAGUCAUGUGUCAUGUCAGCCAGUUAUGAUAGGAUGCCCAACUCUGGCUGUGAAGGGGAGGGGGCAGGCAUCCUGUGAGGGGCGUGUGCUACACUC